AUGAAGCUGAAUUUCAGUGGCCUUCGGGCCCUGGUGACAGGAGCAGGAAAAGGGAUCGGACGGGACACGGUAAAGGCCCUUCAUGCCUCAGGAGCCAGAGUGGUGGCUGUGAGCCGCACCAAUGCUGACCUGGUCAGCCUCUCCAAGGAGUGUCCCGGGGUGGAGACCGUGUGCGUGGACCUGGCUGACUGGGAGGCCACGGAGCAGGCACUGGGAGGUGUUGGCCCUGUGGACCUGCUGGUGAACAAUGCAGCUGUGGCGUUUUUGCAGCCCUUCCUGGAGGUCACCAAGGAGGCAUAUGACAUGUCUUUCAAUGUGAACGUUCGGGCGGUCAUCCAGGUGUCUCAGAUUGUGGCCCGAGGCCUGAUAGCUCGGGGAGCCCCAGGGGUCAUCGUGAAUGUUUCUAGCCAGGCCUCCCAACGGGGACUGACUAGCCACAGUGUCUACUGCUCCACCAAGGGUGCCUUGGACAUACUGACCAAAGUGAUGGCGGUGGAGCUCGGGCCACACAAGAUCCGUGUGAAUGCAGUCAACCCCACGGUGGUGAUGACACCCAUGGGCCAGGCCUCCUGGAGUGACCCUCAGAAGGCCAAGGCCAUGCUGGACCGCAUCCCCCUUGGCAGGUUUGCUGAGGUGGAGAACGUGGUGGACACCAUCCUCUUCCUGCUCAGUGACCGCAGCAGCAUGAUCACAGGCUCCACUGUGGCGGUGGAUGGGGGCUUCCUGGCUACCUAA